AUGGCGGCAUUCCAACCCUCCAACAAUAACGCUACCACUUCCUUCAUCGCCGUCUCUUUCGACGAGACCCACGCCACAGAAACCCCCGAGCGCCCAAUAUCUCCUCCAGCCCCAACAACUGAAGGCCGCAAUCAACGACGCCGAAUUCCCGUGCUCGAAAUCGACGAGAACGGGAUCGAAGACAUUCUAGUACCUCUGGUACCAGCGAUCGGACGGAUCGAGAACUUAAUUCAAUACCCAACACAGCCUAUGUCGUCCACAUCACCACCAACACCGAUAAUUAGACCGGUUCCCGACCAAAGUACAGCGAUGGUACCUAACUUCGACUUGGACAGCGCGUUCCCACCAGCUCCGGUCAGCGAACUUAACAUUCACGCUGAAGGGGAAGUCCUCUGGCGUACGUUCGCCUCCGCCACCGGCUUGGGCGGUGCCCCCUUCGAGCGGCCUGGCCGCAGCGUCGACGACACGCACGGCGUCAACCCCGACCAGAACUCCCCCGACAUCUCGAACCCUUUCCACCAUCAGAUAUACGAAUCAGAGUAA